AUGAACAACUCCACAGCUGCAUGGCUAGCAUCUGGGGAGUGCCGGCUGAACGAUCCCAUGCAGUUCACCCUGGUACCAGCCGUCUAUUGCUUGGUGUUGUGUGUGGGGCUGCCGGGCAAUCUGGCAGCCUUGCUGGUCUUUCUGCAGAGCGGACGAGUGAGGAAGGCCAUCCGCAUCUACCUCAUCAACCUCACGCUGGCUGACAUUUUCUUCAACCUCACCUUGCCCUUCUGGAUUCCCUACUACCUGGCAGGGGGCAACUGGGAACUUCCAGAGAUUGUUUGCCGCCUGGCUGGUGCCACCUACUACUUAGCCACUUACAGUGCCAUGGCAUUCAUGACCCUCAUCAGUUUGAAUCGCUACUGCACGGUUGCUAAGCUGGAGCUGGUGUUGAACAAGCCUCAGGGGGCGCUGGUGGGAUGCACCGUGGCCUGGCUGUUGUGCUUAGCUUGCGCUGUCCCCUCCUUGAUCACCCAGCAGACCCACCAGGCAGGACCUGGAAACACCAAAUGCUUUGAGCAGCACUUGGGCUGGAGGAGUUAUGCCUACGCCAUGGUGGCUGUCUUCGUGGCCUCCUUCCUGGUGGUGUUAGGGGCCUACAUGUCCAUCAUGAGAUCCCUCUCAAUUGCAGCCAGCACCUGCCAAGGAGGACAUCGGCGGCGGGCUCGGGCCAUGGUUUUGGGCAUGUUGUUGGUUUUUGCGCUCUGUGUGGCCCCUUAUCACCUCUCCCUGAUUCCCUGGGUUGCUACCUGGAUGCCCAUUUCCUCCUGCAGGCCUCCAUCAUCCCUAGAUAACCUACAUAUGCUCAGUAUGGCUCUGCUGAGCCUCAACAGCUGCAUCGAUCCGCUGAUCUACUGCUUCUCCAUCAAGCGCUUCCGGACUGACUUGUGGAGGAUGGUCCGGAGGGUCACGCGUUGCGUCCCGCUUCCUUCGCCAGUGCUGCCCCCACCGCUGCCAGAAAACAGAUUUCCAUUAAAUAUCAGAUCGUCGUCUUUAACUUCCUCAUAGCUAAAGCUAUGGGAGAAGUGAGGCUUC